CACCUCUGGCCCGCCGCGGGGAGGGAGCCCGCGGACGGCGAGACUCCAGCCCGUUGUGUCCCGGGAAAAGCAGCGUGGCCGAGGGCGGGAUGGCUCCUGCCGCCCUCGGUUCCCUGAGAGCCGUUGGCGCCUCUGCGAGAAACAGCGUUUGUGGGUUGUAGGAAUUUCUACCGAUGCAGUGAAUUAGUUAUGCACCUUGAUGGUAAACAGCAUCUGUUUUCCAUGUGGAAACAAAUGUACAGGUUGAAUAAUCAGCUCCUGACAUGACUUCUCUUCAGAACUCAAUUUUUUUGCCUAUACUUCUAAUGUGACACUUCGCCAGAGGGACUUUUGAGAGUUUCUCAGUACUGUUUUUACCAGAUAAACAGAGGUCAUAGUCAUCAUUGCUGUUAUGUCCUGGGUACAAGUUGCAGUUAGCCAAUCCAGUGAGGAUAUAUUUGAUGAAGAUGCAGAUGAGAUGUAUCUACUACAGAAAGAAUGGAACAGCACCAUGAAAAAAAGAUUGAAGGAAGGCUAUAGGGAUGGAAUUGAGGCUGCGAAAGAACUUGCACUCCAGGAAGGUUUUAAUCAAGGCUACAGACAUGGUGCUGAGCUGAUGGUUACAUGUGGCCGGUUCAGAGGAACCCUGAAUGCUCUCUUAUCCUGGUGUCACUUUAAUGGAUGUGAUUCUGCUUUAAGUAAGAUAAAUAAUCUUCUUGAUGUGGUUGGAAAGCAUGAAGAAGAUGUGCUUAAGUAUCUGAAUUCUAUUGAACAGCCACAUGUCGGACACAUUUUAGAGUCUGUUCAGGACAUGGACCUUAAUCACACAGCUCCAGCUGGGACAGAGUACAGUGAAGUUAUAGCUGGAAAACAUGAAGAUGUUGGCAGCUUUGGUGAAAACACUUGUAGAAAUAAUGGUGAGGUUGGUUGCUUGCAGUCUGAGUGCAGCAAGGCAAAACUCUGCACAGAUCCUGAAAGGUCAACCCUUGCUUGGGUUAAAGAACAGACUAUUUGGCUGGUAGAGCAACUGGGCUUAUCACUGGAUAUACUCCAUCAUGUCCAGCAACUGGAACAUUAGUUUUUCUGUCUUGUGGUUUUUAAAAUUAUCUCAACUGGAUUUGAUUCUCAGUUUGUGGACCAUAUGCAGGCUGAUGCAUGGCUGUGACUCUCUCUAGUCACUUCAUAAAAUACAGGAAUUUUUCACCUUUUAUCAAAUUCGUCCUCUCAUCUUUUGUAACCAUUGUGCAGUGCACUUUCACAGUUAAUUAUUUUUUUCCUCCUCAUACAGUUAUAUUUAUUUCAUUUUUGCUGAAAACACACCAUUCUCUUCAAAUGCAGAAUUACUGACAAUUCCAUUGGUUUACUGUUAGACCAUCUACUCUUACCCUGUUAGACCACACUGAACAUGUUUCCAGUCUAAUGAACUUCCUUGUGUUAUUUUUGUAUUUAUUUUGCCAGUUGCUCUAGCCUGACCUCUCUCUCCCUCAUUCCCAUACUGUUUUUCCAACCUUUCCCAGGGUUAUUCACCUUCUUGUAGAAACACGUUGUCAGCCACAGAUGCAUAUUUCUGACAACUCUGUAUUUAUGUGCCAACGUUCUAUAUUUGACUCCUUUUCCUGUUGCUUGCCUUAACUGUAGCUGCAAAUUGCUCUGGCCAGGAAGUCUUUUCUUUGUGAAUGCCUCUCUGCUUUACACUAAUUAAACUGAUUUACAGUAAGUGAGGAGUUUACUUGUUCUAAGUUGCUUUCCUUCAUGUCUGAGACAAAGCAGGUCUAGACAGAGACAAACUUAAAUUUUGAACAGCUGACUUUACAUAGAAAAAAAAAAUUAAAACACAAAACAGAAGUCCACAAUACUUUGAGGCCAAAAAAAUGCUAAGGUAAAAAUUACUUGAUUUUCAGAGACUUGAGUUUACAACUUUCUUACUUAAGACUAUUAUCUUGCCAUAGAGGUAAUAAGUAAGUAAGUUUGGCUGCCAUUCAGUACCACUUCUGCAUUAGGGGAAAACAGAAUUGCAGUUAAGAGUCUGUUAUGGAACCUGUUUCUGAAAUAGUGGACAAAAUAGGGCUGUCUGUAUUAAUUACGUAUGUACAAAAUUGUUCAAACAACUUUCUUUUUCUCAAUUUAUUUAGCAUAAUGCUGACACGUAUAAACAUUACUUUUCUACAGGUGCAUGUGUUAUGUUAUAGCCUGUAUCACGUAUGUUAGACAGAAAUUUCUUCCAUACUAUGGUAGAAUAUGGUGCAGACAAAAAUAAAGGUUACUAGAACAGUGUUAGACUUUCCAAAUUUGGAAGUUUAAAAAUGCAAAUUCAAGAGUAUUACUUCUAUGUGUUUAAUAGUGUGCAAAGAGGAAACUCCAUUCACAAAUUACUAAGUAGACAGUGAGCUUGCCAAGUUCUCUCCAACUACUUCUGCAAAAGCAAUCUACGCCAGGGAAAAUAUUGCUUUCUUGUUUGAUUAUCAAACAAUAGGUUGUGUGGCUUACUUAUUUAUCAUAACAGCUUCUGUACUAGCUGUGGAAUUACUUUCCUCCACUGUGCACAAAGUUUCUGUGCUUACUGUGGUACUACUUUUUUCUGCGUUAUCGCGCAGAGUUUCCAGUUCGGCUGUGGAGAGAUUUUCUUUGGGGCUGUCUGUAGUACUUGGCUUAUCUAUCAAAUCUUGCUGACCAGCCACAGAAAGACUUUCUUCAAGACUAUUAGAAUCCAUAAUUUGCUCAUUUGGUGGUUCAGGUUUUUGUUUCAUGUCUACUUCCACAUCUUGUGUUUCACUAUCAGCUUUCACCUUGGCAGCGUUCCUGAAAAUAGCUCUCAUGACAACUGGGACUGACAUGCAACUGAAAGAAGAAAUGAAACAUUAGUCACUACUAUAGACUUCAUCCAUUCUUCAACGUACUACUUUUUUUAGACUGUGGCUGACACCUGAAUGAUAGGUGUAGUGGAAAACAGCACUACCUCUUUGCAUCCUUUUGCCUUGUACAACCUAAUAGGUGUUACAUUGUAACUACAGUAUAACUACAUGUCCUAUACCAGAAACAUGUAUUGACACAGCAAAGUCAAGUGCUGGAUCUUUUGAGUUUAGCAGUGCAAAGAAGCUUUGAUAGAAAGAGUGGGAGGGUUUGGUUAAAAAAAAAAAAAGUCAUAAGGGUGCUUUUAAUGAAAACCUAAACUAAUAAUAUCAAAAUAUAUUAAUUCUUGCUGAGUUUUAUAAUUGUAACUUUCAUGUUUUGUAUAAGACAGGUACAGAGCAUAUCUUCUCUAAAACACUAUCUAGACUAGAGGAGUUUUUUUCCACUGUAACAGUAGUUACCUGGUUCUGGGAAUAGUAUCCUCUGACUUAAGACAGGGCAGGCUAAUUAAACAGGUCAAAAUCCAGCCUGCAGUGACCUUGCUGUCACCAAAUAGAUAAUAGUUGUGUACUAGCUUAUGCCUAAUGAAUUAGGCUCUCAGCCCUUUCUCUAGCAUAUGUUCAUAUAUCACAGCAACUUGCCUCUCUUGGAAUUUGUUUCAGAAAACAAGCCAGAGACAGUGUUGUAGAUGUGCUGUAUACGCGUGUAUUGGCUUUGUGUGGCA